GGCCUCCAUUCACAUUCCCGGACGAGGAGCAGGUCUGCAGAGGAGGAGGAAAAAGAGAAAACAAAUAGGAGUUCCUCCCCUCUUCGCCCCCCAAAGCAGGCAAUGGAGAAGACAGGCAGAAUUCUGGGGGGCCACGUUCAAUGGGAAUAACAAAGAAAGCAUUUAAAUACAUGGAGUGUGAAAAUAGAGAGGAGAAGCAGUUUGAAAGAAUGGAGUGUGAGAAGAUCUUCAGUGACAGUGGAACACUUAGAAAACAUCAACAGACUCACACUGGGGAGAAACCAUUUAAAUGCAUGGAGUGUGGAAGGAGCUUUAUUGAUGGUACAGCAUUGACUAACCACCAUCAAACUCACACAGGGGAGAAACCAUUUAAAUGCAUGGAGUGUGGAAAGAGCUUCAGUCAGAGUGGAAAACUUAGAAUUCAUCAACGGACUCACACAGGGGAGAAACCAUUUGUAUGCAUGGAGUGUGGAAAGGGCUUCACUUCUAAUCAAGUACUUAGAACUCAUCAACGGACUCAUACGGGGGAGAAACCAUUUAAAUGCCUGGUGUGUGGAAAGAGCUUCAGUCGCAAUGGACACCUUAGAAUACAUCAACGGAUUCACACAGGGGAGAAACCAUUUAAAUGUAUGGAGUGCGGGAAGAGCUAUAUUGAUGGUACAGCAUUGACUAACCACCAUCAAACUCACACAGGGGAGAAACCAUUUAAAUGCCUGGUGUGUGGAAAGAGCUUCAGUCGCAAUGGACACCUUAGAAUUCAUCAACGGACUCACACAGGGGAGAAACCAUUUAAAUGUAAGGAGUGCGGGAAGAGCUUCCAUCAGAGUGGACACCUUACAAUUCAUCAUCAAACUCACACAGGGGAGAAACCAUUUAAAUGUAAGGAAUGUGGAAAGAGCUUCAGUAGAUGUGACAGCCUUAAUUUACAUAAUCAAACUCACAAAGGGGAAAAACUCUUUGAAUGUAUAGUGUGUGGAAAGAGCUUCAGUCAGAGUAGAAAUCUUAGAAUUCAUCAACGGACUCACACAGGGGAGAAACCAUUUGUAUGCAUGGAGUGUGGAAAGGGCUUCACUUCUAAUCAAGUACUUAGAACUCAUCAACGGACUCAUACGGGAGAGAAACCAUUUAAAUGCAUGGUGUGUGGAAAGAGCUUCAGUCGCAAUGGACACCUUAGAAUUCAUCAACGGAUUCACACAGGGGAGAAACCAUUUAAAUGUAUGGAGUGCGGAAAGAGCUUCAGUGAGAGUGGACACCUUAGAAUUCAUCAACGGACUCACACAGGGGAGAAACCAUUUAAAUGUAUGGAGUGUGGAAAGAGCUUCAGUGCGAGUGGAUAUCUUAGAAUUCAUCAACGGACUCACACAGGGGAGAAACCAUUUAAAUGUAUGGAGUGUGGAAAGAGCUUCAAUAACAGUGGAAAGCUUAGAAUUCAUCAACGGACACACAUGGGAGAGAAACCAUUUGAAUGUCUGGAGUGUGGAAAGAGCUUCACUGACAGUGGAUAUCUUAGAAUUCAUAAACGGACUCACACAGGAGAGAAACCAUUUAAAUGUCUGGAGUGUGGAAAGAGCUUCAGUCAGAGUGGACACCUUAGAAUUCAUCAACAGACUCACAUGGGGGAGAAACCAUUUGUAUGCAUGGAGUGUGGAAAGGGCUUCACUUCUAAUCAAGUACUUAGAACUCAUCAACGGACUCAUACGGGGGAGAAACCAUUUAAAUGCCUGGUGUGUGGAAAGAGCUUCAGUCGCAAUGGACACCUUAGAAUUCAUCAACGGAUUCACACAGGGGAGAAACCAUUUAAAUGUAUGGAGUGCGGGAAGAGCUAUAUUGAUGGUACAGCAUUGACUAACCACCAUCAAACUCACACAGGGGAGAAACCAUUUAAAUGCCUGGUGUGUGGAAAGAGCUUCAGUCGCAAUGGACACCUUAGAAUUCAUCAACGGACUCACACAGGGGAGAAAGCAUUUAAAUGUAUGGAGUGUGGAAAGAGCUUCAGUGCGAGUGGACACCUUACAAUUCAUCAUCAAACUCACACAGGGGAGAAACCAUUUAAAUGUAAGGAAUGUGGAAAGAGCUUCAGCAGAUGUGACAGCCUUAAUUUACAUAAUCAAACUCACAAAGGGGGAAAACUCUUUGAAUGUAUAGUGUGUGGAAAGAGCUUCAGUCAGAGUAGAAAUCUUAGAAUUCAUCAACGGACUCACACAGGGGAGAAACCAUUUGUAUGCAUGGAGUGUGGAAAGGGCUUCACUUCUAAUCAAGUACUUAGAACUCAUCAACGGACUCAUACGGGGGAGAAACCAUUUAAAUGCCUGGUGUGUGGAAAGAGCUUCAGUCGCAAUGGACACCUUAGAAUUCAUCAACGGAUUCACACAGGGGAGAAACCAUUUAAAUGUAUGGAGUGCGGAAAGAGCUUCAGUGAGAGUGGACACCUUAGAAUUCAUCAACGGACUCACACAGGGGAGAAACCAUUUAAAUGCAUGGAGUGUGGAAAGAGCUUCAGUCAGAGUGGAAAACUUAGAAUUCAUCAACGGACACACACGGGGGAGAAACCAUUUAAAUGUAUGGAGUGUGGAAAGAGCUUCAAUAACAGUGGAAAGCUUAGAAUUCAUCAACGGACACACACGGGGGAGAAACCAUUUGAAUGUCUGGAGUGUGGAAAGAGCUUCACUGACAGUGGAUAUCUUAGAAUUCAUAAACGGACUCACACAGGAGAGAAACCAUUUAAAUGUAUUGAGUGUGGAAAGAGCUUCAGUCAGAGUGGACACCUUAGAAUUCAUCAACAGACUCACAUGGGGGAGAAACCAUUUAAAUGCAUGGAAUGUGGAAAGAGCUUUAUUGAUGGUAGAGCAUUGACUAACCAUCAUCAAACUCACACGGGGGAGAAACCAUUUAAAUGCAUGGAGUGUGGAAAAAGCUUCAGUAGAAGUGACAGCCUUAAUUUACAUAAACAAACCCACACGGAAAAAACCAUUUGAAUGUAUGG